AUGCCUAAGCCGCCCAGCCGUAAAACUCUCACGCAGUCUGCAGCUAUGUCGGACAGUAGCUAUAGCGUGCCCAGACCUAGUACUUCUGCGAAAGACCUAUAUCCCGAGCUUUCAGAUGAAACCCUAGCCGAAAGAAUGAAGGAAUUUGAAGCUUCCUCCUGGGCAAACUCACCAUGGGGAGAAGUUGUCGAGCCUCCACGAACGAAACGUGGUCCUCUUGUUGUACGUGGUCGUGCGGAGAAAGGCACGUUUUGGCCAGAAGGACAGGAGCCGACUUUUACGGGCAAGAAACGCAAGCGGCGCAUUUUUGUAACCGCAGACAAAUGCGAAACGCGCACAGAGAUCACCCACAAUCUCAAAGAAAUUCAGCGCCUCAAAGAAUUAACCCGUCACACUUCCACCUUCGAGGUAAAAAGCGGUGAUAUUUUAUUGUACCACGACGACAGCGACGACGACGAAUGGGAUCACGAAGACGACGACUUCGACGACUUCGACGACGAGCAAUUCAAGAUCUCUCGCAAAAUGAUCAUGGCUGGUCCAUGCCAUCCGCCAGAGUUUUACCUCCUUCAACAGUUGCAUCACCCGAACGCAUUAUCCCACCUUGCUGCAGCGAGCCGAUGGAUCAAUCAAGGGAAAAAAUUCCCAGUCGCGGUACCUGUCCCGGAUGACCUACGACAGCUUUGCGUUGCAGUUUUAACUGUUCCACACGGCAUGCUGGCGGAGAUACUGCCCCCCGACGACAUAUCUGUCUCAAAUCUCAUUAACUAUCCCCUUCCUAACAUUGCAAAGUGGCCAUUCACAGGGCCUAUAGAGUUUGAGGAAAGCCUUCCUACAGGCAAGGUCCACCCUAAGGCAACGAUACCUCCAGAUGCGUAUGUCCGCCAGCUUCGUGCAAACUUUGGUCAAGCACUUCUGGACGGGAAGCGCUUGAUACGUGAUCCGCGCAACCCUGAUACGUUGCUACCCCUUUGGGUGAUCGAAUUGUGGUGGGCAUUACACUGUGCGCGAAAAAACAAGAUGCAAUGGGCGGAGGCCAAGCGUUGGCUACAGGAGAAAAAAGCAGCAGGUAAGGAUGUGGAGUUGUUUCGUGAGGCAGAGGAGCAGCUCCGCUUUCUGCCCUGGAACAAGUCGCUACGUGGCCCUGCUGCUGCUGCCGGCAGAACGACAAAACACCUCCGCCUAUUUCUAUCGGACGACGAGCACCUGUCAGAGACUCUUGUCGAUCUGAUGACCGCCUCCCUAGUCUCUUUUUCACCCACACCAAAGCGCGACGUUAUGAUUGCCAAUACCAGUUUCGGCGAUGCCAUCCGCAGCGCGAAUAGUAUCUCCUACCACGAUCGGCCGCACAAAAAACUAAAGGCGCUUGAAGAUGAUGCCAAGAGAUAUAGACAUCUUUACACUCCGGUGCAUCUUCAUACGCAGGAUCAUUAUAUCGCAUUUGCAAUCGAUUUUGAAACGAAAUCUUUUAAAUACGGCAAGUACCCUCCGGUUUUAGCUUUGAAUACGCACACUAAUUUGAACGUAGGCGACUCUCUCUAUUCCAAAAACGUCCCUAAGGCCAUCAUUGAGAAACUACAGUGGUGGUUCUCCAGACGGUUGGGUGGAGAGUUUCGAAAUGAUGGACCCGUCUUGCAGAGCGGUCGCCAGAAGGACUCUUGUUCAUGUGGGCUUUUUGCGAUCAACACCAUCGCGCAUAAUGCCCUCGGACAUGCGCUCGGUGUACCUGACCCUGCAUCUGACCGAGCUAGAUGGUUCUCAUUGACUGCGAAAGGUCAGAUUCCAGAACGACAAGUCGUGCAACGGGGACGUGAUUUUCCAGCGGCCGUGCAUCCAGAGGCCGCAAUGAUCGUGGAUGUGUUGUCCUCAAGAGCUCGAGCAAGCGAGACGGGAAAGGGAGGAAAAGAGAGACUGGAAAGGCAGGAGAAAGAGAGGCUCGAGAGGGAGGCUCGAGAGAGAUUAGAAAGGCAGGAGAAAGAGAGGCUCGAGCAAGCGAGGCUCGAGAGGGAGGCUCGAGAGAGACUGGAAAGGCAGGAGAAAGAGAGACUCGAGAGGGAAGCUCGAGAGAGACUGGAAAGGCAGGAGAAAGAGAGACUCGAGAGGGAAGCUCGAGAGAGAUUUGAAAGGCAGGAGAAAGAGAGACUCGAGAGGGAGGCUCGAGAGAGACUGGAAAGGCAGGAGAAAGAGAGGCUCGAGCAAGCGAGGCUCGAGAGGGAGGCUCGAGAGAGACUGGAAAGGCAGGAGAAAGAGAGACUCGAGAGGGAAGCUCGAGAGAGACUGGAAAGGCAGGAGAAAGAGAGACUCGAGAGGGAAGCUCGAGAGAUUUGA